CUGAAAUAACUACUGAAGGACCUGAAAUAACCACUGACAUUGCUGACAUAACCACAAAAGGAGCUGAAAUAACCACUGCACCAGCUGAAAUAACCACUGAAUCAGCUGCAAUAACUACUGAAGGAGCUGAAAUAACCACCGACUCUGCUGAAAUUAUCACUGGAUCAGCUGAAAUAACUACUGAAGGAGCUGAAAUAACCACCUACCCUGCUGCAAUUACCACUGAAGCAGCUGAAACAACCACUAGAGCUGCUGAAAUGACCACUGAAGUACCUGAAAUCACCAGCACACCAGCUGAAAUUACCACUGAAGAAGCUGAAAUAACCAGUGCACUAACUGAAACGAGCACUGGACCAGCUGAAAUAUCCACUGGAUCAGCUGAAAUAACCACUGGAGCAGUUGAAAUUACCACAGAAGUAGCUGAAAUAACCAGUGCACAAGCUGAAAUAACCACUGACCUUGAAAUGACCACUAAAGCAGCUGAAAUAUCCACUGGAUCAGCUGAAAUGACAACUGAAGCAGCUGAAAUAACCACUGGAGCAGCUGAAAUAACCACUGGAGCAGUGGAAAUAACUACUGGAGCAGUGGAAAUAACUACUGGGGCAGCUAAAAUAACUACUGAAGGACCUGAAAUAACCACUGGUCCUGCUGAAAUAACCACUAGAACAGUGGAAAUAACUACUAGGGCAGCUGAAAUAACCACUGAUCCUGCUGAAAUGACCACUGGAGCAGUUGAAAUAACUACUGGAUCAGCUGAAAUAACUACUGACCCUGCUGAAAUAACCACUGGAGCAGUGGAAAUAACUACUAGGGCAGCUGAAAUAACCACUGGCUCUGCUGAAAUAACCACUGGAGCAGUGGAAAUAACUACUAGGGCAGCUGAAAUAACCAGUGAUCCUGCUGAAAUAACCACUAGAGCAGUUGAAAUAACCACUGGAUCAGCUAAAAUAACUACUGACCGUGCUGAAAUAACCACUGGAGCAGUGGAAAUAACUACUGGGGCAACUGAUAUAACUACUGAAGGACCUGAAAUAACCACUGAUCCUGCUGAAAUGACCACUAGAGCCGCUGAAAUAACUACUAGGGCAGCUGAAAUAACCACUGACCCUGCUGAAAUAACCACUGGAGCAGUUGAAAUAACUACUAGGGCAGCUGAAAUAACUACUGAAGGACCUGAAAUAACCACUGAUCCUGCUGAAAUGACCACUAGAGCAGCUGAAAUAACUACUGACCCUGCUGAAAUAACCACUGGAACAGUGGAAAUAACUACUGGGGCUGCUGAAAUAACCACUGAUCCUGCUGAAAUGACCACGGGAGCAUUCGAAAUAACCACUGACCCUGCUGAAAUAACCACUGAUCCUGCUGAAAUGACUACUGGAGCAGUGGAAAUAACUACUGGGGCAGCUGAGAUAACCAGUGCACCAGCUGAAAUAACCACUGGAGCAAUGAUAAUAACUACUGAAGGAGCUGUAAUAACCACUGAUCCUGCUGAAAUGACCACAAGAUCAGCUAAAAUAA